GGACUCUAACUCCCAUAGUUCCCAUUAGAUUAUACCGCACAGGCUCAGAGUCCAUAUGCCUGGAGUGGGUGGCUACAUUGUGUCUAUUGUAUGGGUUGAUUUUUGUUUUGUUUUGUUUUUUGGGGCUGGCAUUUUGUACAUCACGGGAGGUUUAAAUUGGAGUGAAAAGCAUGGCUGAUGAGCAAGAAAUCAUGUGCAAACUGGAAAGCAUCAAAGAGAUCAGGAAUAAGACUUUGCAGAUGGAAAAGAUCAAGGCACGCCUGAAGGCAGAGUUUGAAGCCCUGGAAUCGGAGGAGAGGCACCUGAAGGAAUACAAGCAGGAGAUGGACCUUCUGCUGCAGGAAAAGAUGGCCCAUGUGGAGGAGCUGCGGCUGAUCCAUGCUGACAUAAAUGUGAUGGAGAACACCAUCAAGCAGUCUGAGAAUGACCUCAACAAGCUCUUGGAGUCCACUCGGCGCCUGCAUGAAGAGUACAAACCCCUGAAGGAGCACGUAGAUGCCCUACGGAUGACUCUGGGCUUGCAGAGGCUGCCAGAUCUGUGUGAGGAGGAAGAGAAACUCUCUCUUGAUUACUUUGAAAAGCAGAAAGCUGAAUGGCAGACAGAACCCCAGGAACCUCCCAUUCCAGAAUCUCUGGCUGCAGCUGCAGCUGCUGCCCAACAGCUACAAGUGGCUAGGAAACAGGACACCAGACAGACAGCAACUUUCAGACAACAGCCACCUCCAAUGAAGGCCUGUUUAUCAUGUCACCAGCAAAUUCAUCGGAACGCACCGAUAUGUCCACUCUGCAAAGCAAAGAGCCGGUCUCGGAAUCCCAAAAAACCCAAGAGGAAACAGGAUGAGUGAAACACAGAAAAUCCAUGGAGAAAACAUGUGACCCAUCCUAAUCCCUUUCCAGUAGAACUGUAAACGUGGCCAGUUUAUUGAAGUGCAGACUUAAGUAUGACUUACCCAUUGUUUUCUAGCUAAUGUGACGUAAGCACAAUGUUUCUGUUCCGUCUUAAUUUCCAUCCAGUCCUCACAUUCUGGUUUUAGGAGAAGUGCUGAUGGUGCUACACUUCAACAUUUUAGUCAUUCCAUCUUUUUGACUCCUAAGCCAAAUGGAACUUCUAAUGCAAGUAGUCUGAAUGCCGAUGAGCACAUUGUAGAUCUGAUUGCAGAGAACGACAGAUGAUCCCUCCUGUGAAGAUAUAUUUGAGGAUACAUGUUUCCUAGUUAAAUACAUUAGACCUAAGGUACCACUACUGUACUUGCCAAAAUGUCCCUGUGUUUUUUCUAUCUCUACACUGUUUGCCACACAGUAUCUUUUGCUAAAAAGCAGGCACUGUCUAUAAAACCAGAAUAUUCUUAAUGA